CCGACAGGCAGCUGUUCAUCCACGUGCAGGAGCUGCACACCCUCGAGGUGACCGGCCAGGAGAUGGUCGCCCAGAUCAAGGCUCAUGUGGCCUCCCUGGAGGGCAUCGCCCUAGAGGACCAGGUCGUGCUGCCCGAGGGCACCCCAUUGGAGGAUGAUGCUGUCCUGACCCAGUGCGGGGUGCAGGCCCUGAGCACGCUAGAGGUGGCCGGACGCAUGCUAGGGGGUAAAGUCCACGGCUCCCUGGCCUGCACGGGCAAAGUGCGAGGUGGCCAAACAGGACAAGAAGAAGCAGAAGACAGGCCGGGCCAAGCGGUGCAAGCAGUACAACCGGCGCAUCCUCAAUGUGGGGCCCACCUUUGGCAGGAAGAAGGGCCCUAA